GCCUUUAAGAGAUCGCGGGCACGUGAUCAGAUCCCCUCUUUCUCCCCCUCCUUUUUACACAUCUGUUUGUAGGGGGGAGGAGGUGACUAUGGAGGAGAGCUUCGGCGUAGAAGCGAGAUAUCGCGAGGCGAGGCUGUGGACCUCGCGCAUGCGCGGUAAAGGUAACCGGUUGGUACUAGCUUAUCCAAAAUGGCAGCUGCGAUGGAUGUGGACACUCCGAGUGGGGCUAAUAGUAGUGCCGGCAAGAAGCGUUUUGAAGUGAAGAAGUGGAAUGCAGUAGCUCUCUGGGCUUGGGACAUUGUGGUUGACAACUGUGCCAUCUGCAGAAACCACAUUAUGGAUCUGUGCAUAGAAUGUCAAGCUAACCAAGCAUCAGCUACUUCUGAAGAAUGCACUGUUGCAUGGGGCGUUUGUAAUCAUGCUUUCCAUUUUCAUUGCAUCUCUCGCUGGCUUAAGACUCGGCAGGUGUGCCCGUUAGACAACCGAGAAUGGGAGUUCCAGAAGUAUGGGCAUUAGCAAGGAAGAGAAGAUCACGAAGUUCUAGUGUUCUUGCACCAGUUAAGGUUUCACCUGCAAAAGAGUCAUUCCUGCCCUUUUGUUUUCACAUUAAUACAGUCAUUGUGUAUAGUAAUAAAAUUUGCUGGUUGUCUUG